UGUGUCUCCCGCUUCCUGCAACAUGGCUGAGGUGGAAGAAACCCUGAAGCGAAUUCAGAGUCAAAAGGGAGUCCAAGGAAUCAUUGUUGUUAAUUCAGAAGGUAUUCCCAUCAAAACCACGAUGGAUAACUCCACUACGAUGCAGUACGCAGGUUUAAUGCACAACUUAAUAAUGAAGGCAAGGGGCACCGUGCGAGACAUUGAUCCCCAGAAUGACCUCACAUUCCUACGGAUUCGCUCCAAGAAAAACGAGAUCAUGAUUGCACCAGAUAAAGACUACUUCCUAAUUGUCAUUCAGAAUCCUACAGAGUGAACGCUUCCCUGGCUCAUCUACAAUUCCUUAUACCUAAAUGUAUAUUUUAUUUAAUAUCCCCAAAAAGCUAUUAGUAAUUAUUUGUUUGUGCCAUAUUAAUAAUGUUUGAGAAAACUUUGUUUUUUUUAAAAAAAAACUGUUAAGCAUAGAUUCUUCAGAUAAUUAAAAUGUCAUUCCAUGGAGAAGACAGACAAUGAAAUCAGGAUGACUCAGGUGUCAAAGAUUGAAGGGUGUCUUUAGAAUUGAAAACAACUUUACAUAACUUUUGUCAGAAACAUUUCUAAUAACUGUAAAUUAAUUUUUCCUUUUGUCUCCUUUUUAUUUUGUCACUUAUUUAAAUUUGGAAGAGGCUAUUUCUUCUGAAAUGAAUUAAAAUAAUCAAAGAAUCGUU